AUGAACGCUAGCACCACGCAAAGAGCCCCCAAGACCCCGAAACCAACCGCCUCCGUGCCAAUUGUCCAAAAUAAACGCUGGCCCCCAAUGGCAAAUCGAAAUGCCCUCCCUUACAAGCUCACGCAUAUCUCGAAAGAGAAACUUGCCCGUGAAGCCACCGCACCAGACCCCGAUCUCCGCCGUUGCGUGGCUCACUUCCGCCUGCACUGCGGUUCCGUCUCUUGGACCGAGAAUGACAUGAAGUCUCGCAUCAGUUCAUUCGACUUUGAAGAUACCGACGAGGAAGAUGACGUGGAUGAAACCAAGGAAUUACCUAUCCUAAAGAACAGAGCGGCCAAGGAGUCUCCAGCCGAAGUCGCCGAACAAAUAUCAAAGUCAAAAUCAGAGCCCGUCGCUACUGCGGCACCUCCGCCAUCACCGGCAUCACCACCCUCCCCUGAAAAUUCCGAGCAUGGUUUUUUGGAAAAGGGUCGCAAUUGUCUUGAGGCGACCUCCAAACACCUAUGGACAGGGGGGUCUUGCAUUGUCUCCCCAAUGGCGAGUUAA